CAAGCUAUGCUCGCCAUCAUGAAGCUGAGCAAAAUGAAGCUACCGGUGCGGAUCCUGACACAACCCAGCCUGCUCGCCACCUGCUUCUCCAGCAUCUUCUCCCUGCCUCCAGCACACACCAUGGAGGAGGUGGAGGCUGCUCUCUACACCAAAACUUUGAAAACCAUGGAUGAGAUGCUGAAGGCCUUGGUGUGCGAGGAUCAGGAGCCCAACCUUCUGGUGCUGCAAAUCAUCUUGAAGGAAGUGGAGGAGUUCAGAGUCCUGGGCCAGCUGGUGGGGUGUCUCACUCUGUGCUGUGUGGAGCAGGAGCAGGAGAUCUGGCAAUCGGCUGUGGAGGGACUUCACCACCUCUUCUCCUUCAUGCAGCUGCUAAAAUCCAAAAUGCUGGUGAAGCACGGCGCAGAGUAUCGGCAGAUCCUCAAGGACAGUCAAACUGAGAGAGCCUUCUGGGUCACCAACAUCAGCAAUAUCACAUCGGCAAUGCUUCUACUAAUGCAGCCCAAUAUACCUGCCUACAUGACACACAUAAGAUGCACUGGGGCUCAUCCAAACCUGAUCCCAGCUCCUUGUCAGGUUUGCUGGGAGCUUCCUCAGAGAUUAAUGCAAUAA